UGGCCGCAGAGGGCGCUGCGCGCAUGGCAGGCCGGGCUGCGCGGCCUUCACAUCUUUUUGUCUGAGAACUGGAUCCUCUGCCGCUCUAUGGUGUGUGCGAUAGCCUCGGAGCUGCGUCCGUAACACACUGUCAAACCACUCCAAACGAAUACAACCGCGACCAAAAGCAUUAAUUCUACACAUUCUGCCAUGGCGUUUCUGAUCUGCCGCUGAAUCGGUCGUAUUUGUGACUGUUCGCUGGAACUUAGUCCGGGCUUGAAUCGGCUUGCUUUCUGUGUGCAUCAGUCUUUAUUAGCGAGCUGCCGCUCUUCUUGCUAUCAGCUAUUUCUUUAACUUUUUAAACACUCAGCUUCGCGAAUGACUGAGCGCCGGCGGAGUAUGGGAUCCUUGGUGUCUUAAGAAGCGACUGAAGUGGGGUUUAACCGUUUUUGCAUGCAAAAACAAUGGCAAAUUCGACGGGGAAAAAUCUACUAGAUCAGCGAAGGAAAGGACAGGCUUUCCUGGACGAGCUGCGGCAAUUUCACCAAAGCAGAGGAUCGCCGUUCAGAAAGAUUCCUAUCGUGGGUGGGAAAGAGCUGGACCUGAAUGCUCUCUACAUCAGAGUCGUCUCUUUAGGAGGAUUUGCUAAGGUCUCUGAUAAAAACCAGUGGAUUGAACUUGGAGAAGAGUUUAACUUUCCAAGGAGUUGUUCCAACGCUGCAUUUGCUUUAAAACAGUACUACCUUCGAUACUUGGAGAAGUAUGAGAAAGUUCACCACUUCGGCGAAGACGAUGAAGAAACGCAGCCGGGGAAUCCAAAAGCCUCUCUUCCAAUCGGUGCAAUUCCCAGCACGUAUAACUACCAGCAACACAGUGUGUCAGACUAUCUCCGCCAAAGCUAUGGACUAUCUUCGGAUUUCGUUCCUCCGUGUGACUACAACAAACUGGUGCUGUCUCUCCUGUCGGGCCUCCCCAACGAAGUGGACUUUGCUGUUAAUGUUUGCACUCUGCUUUCCAACGAGAGCAAGCACGCCAUGCAGCUGGACAAGGACCCCAAACUGGUCACGUUGCUGCUGGCCCACGCCGGCGUCUUCGAUGACUCACUCGGCAGCUUCUCCGGGGUGUUCGGGACGGACUGGAAGGAAAAAACCUCCCGGGACUUUGUCAGGUUCUGGAAGGAGGUGGUGGAGGACGUUGAAGUCAGGGAGCUGAUCUGGGACAAGAACAGCCCAGCACAAGAUCGUACAUCGUGUGAGGAGCGCUGGCAGAGCCUCUUCCACCCGCCGCGGAACUCUGGUAUCAGUGACAUGGAGGCCCAGCGGGUGCUGCAGAUCGCCGUAAUCCUGCGGAACCUCUCAUUCGAGGAGGCCAAUGUCAAGCUGCUGGCGGCCAACCGAACGUGCCUGCGCUUCCUUUUGCUCUGUGCCCACUGUAACCUCAUCUCACUCCGACAGCUCGGACUUGACACGUUGGGCAACGUGGCUGCCGAGCUCCAGCUGGAUCCCGUUGACUUUCGGACGACUCAUCUGAUCUUUCACACCGUCACCAAAUGUUUGAUGUCCAGGGACCGGUUUCUCAAAAUGAGAGCCAUGGAAAUCCUGGGCAACCUCAGCAAGGCAGAGGACAACGGCGUGCUCAUCUGUGAGUACGUGGACCAGGACUCGUACAGGGAGGUAAUGAUGCUCCUCACCCUGCCUGACCUCAUGCUCCUCAUGGCCUCUCUGGAGGUGCUUUACCUGCUGGCCCAGCUCGGAGAGAUUCCCUGCAGCAAGAUCUCCUCCGUUGACCACAGCAUAGACCUGUUAGUGCGGCUCGUAUCGGUUGACCUUCAUACGUUUGGACCCGACGCCCUAACAGCAGUGCGGCUGAUCGAGCAUCAGGCCAGCGCUGACCAGGCCGCCGAGGUUCGACCACAGCUGGUAGAGCAGGUACCUGCAGCCGUGCAGGGAGCAGCAGCGCCUGUAACGAGGGUCGCAGUUCAGUCCACUCAACCCCCGCCUGGUAUUGUGGAACUGGACGGGGAGAAGUUCACACUGCAGUGGCUCAACGCUCACUUUGAGACGAACUCUGAGGGCUCUGUGUCUCGAUCAGAUAUGUACUCAGAGUACUUGGCCACGUGCAGUAAAAUGGGACGAAGCAACAUCUUGAACUCCACAGGCUUCCUCAAAUGUCUGCGGACAGUGUUUCCUAACCACACGAUGCGGCGACAAGAGGAGCCCAAGGUCAACGGUCAGGUUCAGAUUCUCCUGGUGGGGCUGAGGCGCAGGUCCAUGGCCCUGCCCAUCCAGCUGUACUACCAGCAGCCUCAGCAGCAGAGUCCGGCAGCAGCUGCAACACCUCCAGCAGCCCGACACAUGUCUCCUGGAGACCCUCAGGCCACGCCUACAGGCUUACCUCUCGGGCCUCCUAGUCUUGGACCCCAGUUUGUCCGGGUCCUGAACCCCAACCUCGGCACCGUUACUGUUGCCCCAUCUAUGGCCUUGACUGCACAGGAAGCUCCUCAUGCAAGCCACCCGACUGUUUCCCGUCACCCGGUGUCUCCGCCAGUACCAAUAAAUCCUCUGGCAGCAGUGCAGCAGGUCCGGCCUGGUCCAAUGGUCCAGAUUCCGACGUCUGCAGCAGCCAACCAGAACCACAGCCCCCAGAACCCUGCAGCUCAGCAACACUCACCCAUGCUCCCCACAGGGACGCCGGUCACGCUCUUUCAGCAGGUACCACAGGGCCACAUCCUCACCGCCAGGGUGCAGGGUGUGUGCCCUCCACAGGUGGAGCCUCAGUGUGUUGCCGUGACUUCGACACCCUGUUCUUCCAUCCAGGCGGGGGGCGGUCAGGCGUCGAGUAGCGGCAGUGUGCCCAACUCCCAGGGGUCACGCGUUACAUUUCAGAAUAUCGCCCCCAAACCAGCACCUGGGUCGGGUGGACCAGCAGCCACGAUAGUCACUCCCAACCAGCAGCAGCAGCCGCAGAGUGUCGUCAUCGUCGGUCCCAACCCCCAGCAGAACCCGGCCUACACCCCCGCCAUACACCAGAUCGUUCUCACCAACCCCUCCACUGUUCCCGGCCCCCAGACUAUCCAGCUAGCAGGGCAGCCCGGAGCUUCCAACCCCUGCCCGCCUCUGGCUUCUCUCUCCAGUACCCAGGUCCAACCCAAUCUAACCGUCAGCCACUCACUGUCCAUGAAACGACAUCAGCAGCAGCAUCAGCUUCAAAUUAUCUCCCAGACCCCCCCCUCUCAGCCUACCUCCACUGAGUCAAGCUUGAUCAAACAGCUAUUGCUUCCAAAGCGAGGGCCUUCUACUCCGGGAGGAAAGCUCAUCCUACCCGCUCCACAGGUGCCCCCUCCCAACAGCACGAUAGCCCCCAGUCCACAGGUCAUAUACCAGACGAGCUACAGCAGCCAGAACCCCUCUUCUCAGCAGCUCAAUGUCCAGUUGGUUCCUGGUCAGCUCCUACCAGGCCAGCUCAUUUCCACCAGUAGCUCAGGGGCAGCGACCAUCAUCCAGGGACCCACGUCAGCUGGGCAAGUCACAUUCACCGUGGUCCCCAACACUGGCUUCACCACCUCUCCUGUUGCUGUCAGCCAAGGCGCUGUGGCUCCGGCUGUUCCCCCCCCUCCAUCCUCUACUGCCACAGUGCCCCACCAUGCUCCAGCAGCUCCACCACUGCCAGCCCCCCUCAGAGGAGACAAGAUCAUUUGUCAAAAGGAGGAGGAGGCUAAGGACGCCACGGGGCUGCACAUCCAUGAGAGAAAGAUAGAGGUGAUGGAGAACUCAUCUUUGGGAGAAGGAGACUCCAACGGCAAAACCAGUAACGGCAAUGUCGCCGGAGGUGCCAAGCUGCUAAAUGGUCGGAAGUGCGUGGAGUCUAAUCUACCUCCAUACCACUCAGGGAACAGCCAGGGGGCGCUCAAUGGCCCGGCUAUGGAGGCCCACCCUGCUAAUGGGAAGCAGGCCCUCUCCCUCAGCCUGAACCCUCUGGAGGGAAACCCCGACCCCAAAAAGACUCUAGUCAACGGGGUGUGUGACUUUGAUCGGGUAGACAGUGGUGGCAACUUAAACAAAAACAUUCCAAAUCACAUUGCUUCCAAACAGUACGUGGGAAACGGGGAGGUGGGCCCCUCUGAGAAGAGUCACGGGUCAGUCCCCCCUCUUCCUAGUCCUCCCCCCCAGCAGGACACUGCCAAAGCCCAGCAGGCUGAGCGCCUGGCUAACGGACCCCAGGCAGUAGGCAACAGGCCUCCCUCGGAAUUUACCAACGGACCUCUGGGGCCAGGCUUUGCUGUGCCUGUGCUUAGACAGCAACUGCUCCCCAACUCCCCCCUCCCCCCCACUGUUACUGUUACCUCCCAGAGUCUCGCUGCCUCUCCUGCAAAUGGCGUGGCUUCAGAGGCUCGAGGUCUGAAGAGACCGGCCGAAAGCGAGGACCGCAGUGCAGCGGCAGCAUCCUCGGGGAUCCCCAAUAAAGUGGGCGUGCGUAUCAUCACCAUCAGUGACCCCAACAACGCCGGCAGCAGUGCCACCAUGGUGGCGGUGCCAGCUGGAACAGACCCAAGCACAGUAGCCAAAGUAGCAAUAGAGAACGCCGCUCAGCAGAGGAACUGCUCGCCCACUGUGACGGCUGGCUCCACGCCUGCGGUAACGGCGCCUGUAUCCCAGGCUGCUCCAGGAGGUAACCACAGCUCAGCACAGCACAGCCCUGCAGCGGCCCCAGAGCAGAGCAGGAAAGCCGGGCACAACUUUAAGUGUCUGUGGCAGUCCUGUAAACGGUGGUUCGAAACGCCAUCUCAGGUGUUUUACCACGCAGCGACGCAACACGGUGGAAAAAGUGUAUAUGGAGGCCAUUGUCAGUGGGAGGGGUGUGAACCUUUCCCCCGGCAGAGACUGUCCUUGAUCACACAUCUACAGGAUAAACAUUGUUCUCGCGAGGCUCUGCUGGCUGGACUCAAACUAGAGGAGCAGCAGGCACAAAGUCCCAAUCAGACUACUUCCCAGACUCCUCCAGCGGCAGGCAGCACUCCGACA